UGAAUCUUGGAGUUCACUUUUUUUUUUCUCUCCCCUCUCCUUCUUAACGAAACUUUAUAACGGUUUAGAUCAUGGACUCACAAAAGACUCCCGUUAAGCUCGCUCGUGUUAUCAAAGUGCUCGGCCGUACUGGUUCUCGUGGUGGUGUGACUCAAGUUCGUGUUGAAUUUAUGGAUGACACCAACCGUAGCAUUAUCCGUAACGUCAAGGGUCCUGUCCGUGAAAACGAUAUCCUCUGUCUCUUGGAAUCCGAACGUGAAGCUCGUCGUCUCCGUUAAGAACAACAACAACAACAACAACGACAAACUGAAGAACAUAAUGGAUCAUCAAAUACAGUUUUUAUAUAGUCUUAGUAGUUGUAAGC